AUGGCUAAUUAUAAACGAUUUGCAAGGCCGGUCAGGGACUGGUCCAGCUACGAGCUUGAGGCGUAUAACAUAACAGUUGCAUUUCGUACACCGGACAAGUUCUUCCCUACCCCAGACCCGUCCCUCGACCUCGUCGAUCCGGCAAUCCUCACCUCUCCUUCUCAUGACAUCAACAAUCCCGCCCUUUCCGACGUCGCAGCCGAAUACCUCAGCUACCUUCGUCUUACCAGAUGCAUGCAAGACAGUUUCGUCAUUGACUUCGCUGCCGAGACACUGAAGCUUCUAGGUUACAAUGAGCGUUGUACCACAGUAUCUACUAUUCUGUUUAGGGAUAUGCAACAUUUUCAAGUACCACUUCCACACACCACUUACCGUAUCAAAAAUUUGACUAGAGUAUUUUAA